CGAGCAAAAGGCAUCAGUUACAAUAGAAGCUGGAAAUACAGAGAAAGUACUGGGCAGUAAGGCAGCAGCUAAUUAGCAUGCAGUUUGCAAUUCUGAAGUGGUUGUGCAACUUUUGGCUACUCGGCAAUUAUCUGGCGGCCUUGACCCACGGCUAUUGCUUGAGGAUGGACGGCGGUGCGACUGCCAAUACAAAGCACCACAUGUGGCUGAAGCAGCCAACACUGGCGCCGCAGACAGCGCUGCUAACCACAAAUAGCAGCAAGGGGCCCAACAAUGGUGGCAUCGCGCGGCCUCAGCUCGAACUAGGUAGUUGCAGUAGACACAGCAACGAGAAUGUGGCCCAACAAGUAAAUGCCACAGCCAGGCCACUGUUGCAACUACAAUCGCUGCCACCAGCAGACAUGAAUGGCAUGAAUGCCAUGUCCUUGGCCAACUACUUGUACCAAUGUGCCAUGCUCGAACCCAUCGCCCACCCGCCCGGCAACAACAAGUUGCGGGCCAGCAGCUGCGAUUUAAAGGUCGCAGAUAAGCUAAUGGCACAGAGUUUCGGAAGGCCACCAGCCGGGCUGGACUAAUUAAGAUGAAGUCACAUGAUACCGCGUUGUAUUUAUUUUAUAUUUCAGUUACAGCACACAAGACACGCACCUAUAUAUUUUUUGCAUAUUCCAGUGAGUCGUAAAUAAUAAUAAUAAAAGAUUAGGCUCACUACAAAAA